AUGGAUGGCCUUAUAAAUGUUUUAUCAGGAUUUCUACGAACCAAUAAUAAUAUAAUUUACAACGACUGUCCCAAUGUCGAGCUUAACCAUGACUUGCAAGUCACUCUCAACAACAACAAUAUCAACAACUCUUCAAUAAACAACAACAACAACAACAAUAACAAUAACAACACCCCAGAAAGGGGCAAUGAAUUUGAUCCUCCAAUAUGGCACUGCAUGAUUGCUGGUCUUGUGGGUGGUGCCAUCGGUGAUAGUUCGAUGCAUUCUCUUGAUACGGUCAAGACACGACAACAGGCAGCACCAAAUAUUCUUAAAUAUAAGAACACCAUUGCGGCGUACCGUACCAUUUUUGUGGAAGAAGGGCUCUGUCGUGGGUUGUACGGUGGGUACGGGGCAGCGAUGCUUGGAUCAGUACCCAGCGGAAUGAUUUUCUUUGGGACCUACGAGUACCUUAAGCGGAAAAUGAUCAAUGAAUGGCAGAUCGAUGAAACCGCCACCCAUUUGGUGGCGGGGUUCAUGGGGGAUCUUGCCACGAGUUUCAUAUACGUGCCUUCAGAAGUUCUCAAGACCAGAUUACAAUUGCAAGGGCGUCACGAUAAUCCAUUUUUCAAGAGUGGGUAUAAUUAUAAAGGACUAGUGGAUGCCAUGGGGGUAAUUGGGAAAAAUGAAGGGUUCAGGACUUUCUUCUAUGGGUAUAAAGCUACGCUCUGUCGUGAUUUGCCAUUUAGUGCGCUUCAGUUUGCAUUUUACGAAAAGUUCCGGCAAGUGGCGUUCGAUUUGGAAGGACGACACAAGAAUGAACUUAGUUUGGUGUCAGAGAUCCUUACUGGGGCUGCUGCCGGGGGUAUUGCCGGAGUUAUCACCACCCCGUUAGACGUUUUCAAAACCAGAUUGCAAACACAAAACCCGGCGAGUGCUAGGGCGGCAGCAGGAACCCCAAGUAUCGAUUUCAAAGGAGCGUCAAUUUUCACCAGCAAACUGGCGACUAACAAUAUAAAGACGACACAGGCGAUCCGUCAGUAUACGAUUCCCACCACGGCACGCCCGGCGAUUCUCAAUACUUCGUCGGUGAUGAAGGGACUCUACAUUGUGUAUCGUACGGAAGGGGUGGUUGGGUUGUUUAGUGGAGUACAGCCGCGGUUUGUAUGGACCAGUAUUCAGAGCAGUAUCAUGUUAUUGUUGUACCAGGAGGCACUUAAGGAGUUGAAGCGGAUGUAA